AUGGAUUAUCCCGCGGCUGCGAGGCCCCCCCUCCUGGGUGUUUAUGUAGAUGAGGAGGAAGCAGCAGCAGCAGCGGCAACAGCCACUUCUCCAGUCUCUGCAGCAGCUUCUGCUGCUGCAGAGCUUGCGCGGGUAGCAGCAGGGAAACUGUUGCGGCAGUGGGGCCCUAGAGAAUGGUUGGACCCUAGAGCGAGGCGGAAGCUAGUGCUGCCUGGGGCUGGUGGCAUUGUGGUUUGCAGCGAUAAGUUGCUGCUGCGUUGCAGCACUGUGACUGGAGUGUGCUGCAGCAGAAAACACUUGCCUGCCGCAGCCUGCUGUUGCUGCUUUGCCUCGCAUACAUCCAAGGGGCCCCUCUUGGUGGUAGGCUGCGUAGACGGGGCCGUUAGGGUUUUCGUGGGAAGAACCCUCCGGUUACUCAUUACGCUGGAGACGACGGCUGUUCCCGUUUCCGCAAAUACUGCUGUUUGUCUAUCUUACGGCUGUCCGGACGCUGCUGCUACGAAGCUGAAGAAACCUCACUAUUGCGCCUCGUCCUCUGCAGCAGCAACACUAGAGAGUGAGCCAAGAGGAACACCACUCAUGCCAACUCGAGGUACAGUAAUGGAGGGGGCAGCAACUGGCACUUCGCCUUUGUCCAUUUCUGCAGCGGCUAAUGGGUGCAGGUUGCAGCAAACCCCCACUUGCUUACUUCUCGUCGGGAACAACGCCCUUCUGGCUGGACUGGGAGGCGGCAUCGCUGCCGCAUUUUUUCUCGAAAACCGCCGCCUUGCUGCAGUCUACCAGCUGCCCCCGUCUGUUCGCUGCUUCCUGCAGCAGCAGCUGCUGCAGCAAACGCAACUUACCUUGUUAACAGAACACGCAGCAGCACUGCAGCAGCUGCAGCUGCAGCAGUGUCGCGAGCAAGCAGCGCGAAAAUGGCGGGGGGAACCAGCCAAGCUGCAGCCUCUUCAGGAUAGAAGCGGCAGCAACCGCGUCAACCAAGUGCAGCUCUCCUUAGAGGCCCAGUUCCCUGUCUGCUGCCUGUAUGCUGCAGUAGCAGAACGCCUUGUAGUGAUGGCAGUGCACCCGGAGGGGUGGAGAGACACACCGCUGCUCAGCAGCAGCAACAAUGGCAGCACCAAUGGCAGCGGUAGCACGCUGCAGCGGUGGUGGCGGAGCUCGAAGCAUGCUAUGUACCACAGAGCGCAUCCUCCAGCUGCUGCUGCAACGUCUAGUGCCUCGGAUCUGUGGGGCUCGUGCGGCAGCGGCAACUCGGGUGCAGCGGAGGCGCACCAGGCACGUGCAGUAGCAGGUGCAACAGUAACAGAAAUAAAUGGAGGAGGAGCAGCAGAUACGGCAACCGCAGCAACAGCAGCUAGCUGUCCAGACUUCCUUGCUUCUUGGCCGCUGCUGGUCUUCCAGCAGCACACGGGUGCCUGCAUUGGGACACUGUGGGGAUGCACUUCCCGCACGCUUGCGGUGGGACUGGGGAAGCUGCCUAUUUGGCCGCACAAGUGGGAACAGCAGCAGAACCAGCAGCAGCGCCAGCAGCAGCAGCAGCAGCAACAGCAGAAACGGCAGCAACUGUGCUGCCUGGCGGUUACUACCUCACACAUUCACUUCUGGCAGCAGCAAGGCCCUGCCCGCAGCAACCGGAGACUGCACCAAAUCCGCAGCACACAACAACCUCGUAGCCAGCAACAGCAGCAACCCGACGGGGCUCCGUCUUCUUGCGUGACGGCUGAUGCAGCUCGUCUCACAGACCCAACAACAUCAGGUGCAGCAGCAGCAGGCGCAGCAGUGGCAGAUUCAGCAGCAGCAGAUGCAGGAACGAUAGAUUCAGUGGCAGCAGAUGCAGCGGGAGCAGAUGCAACAAUACAGCUCGAGAAACAGCAGUUACUCCACGAGAAACGAAAGGACGACGCCACCGUAUGUCCUUCUUUACUCUGCGGAUGUCGGGCUUCGAGGUGUCAGCUCGCUGCUGCGGCAGCAGCAACGGUAGCAGAAGCAACAGCGGCAGCAGCAAGACAGCCAGUAACGGGGAAACCUCAGGCGGCUGCAGAAGGAGGUUCACUAACCGCAGCAGCAGCAGCACAAGCAGGAACAGCAGAGGGCGGCUGCGUUGCCGGUGUUUGGUGGUCCCUUCGGGCCAGCUUUUCUCUCCCUGCCCUCUUGUCACAGCAACAGGAACAGCAGCAGCAAGAAAACUGUUCGUUAGCAGACGCAGUCCUUGACUGGGAGUCUCGACUAAUGGCUGUGCUGCCCAAUCGCAGCUUCAGCUGUUGUUUGUUGACUUGGCGCUUUGGAGACGGCGGCUUCGAGCUGGUGCCUUUUCGCUGGGUGCAGGUUGCUGCGACGGGAAGGUCUCCACAGAAGCCCCUUCUGCAGAGGCUUUGGUACAACCGAGGGCUACUGGCUGCCUCUGCAACAGACGGAUAUGUACGUUUGCUGUUUCGCGCGGACCUCAGCACGCAGGAGCAGCAGCAAGAGGGCGUGCCAUGA